AACCAUUCCUUUUUUUAAGUAUUAACAAGAAUAUUUUGUUUUAAAUAUCGCAGUACGAAUAACUUAAAACAAACGCAUUUUACGGUUUGCAUUUUGUAUUAACUAUACGUUCGUUAUUAAGAUAUUUCUUACAUUAAAAUUAUUGUAUGGAAAAUAUGCUUUAUGCGAUCAUGAUACGAGUUAAAAUUGAAAACCAAACUUAAAAUUCAAACCAAUGGAUAUUGUAAGUUUGAUAUUAAUCGUUAAUAUCGAUACGUACAUAGGAAAUUGUAUCUUAUUUCAUUAAGUUGAUGAUAUAUUACAGGUCGAAGAACUGAAGUUAAAUAUUUACUAGACGUUGAAAGCUACUGCAAUCAACACACAUUUUAUUAUAGGAGUUUUUAAUGGUAUUGUAAAAUAAUAGUGCCUUGAAAUGGAUUGGUUUGUUAUGUAUUUAAUAGUUGUGACUCUUGUCGUAGUCAAGGGUUACAAAUCUCUUGACCUGGAAAAUCUCAUCGACUUAGUGAGACGAAGAAGCAUCUUAACCGAUGACGAAAAAAUCUUGGGCGUCCCAAAAUAUGUUGAGCAUUUACCACGGGCUGAGAAGAUAUUACCAGGGCACACGUUACUGAAACCCUCCUUCGGUAUGCUAAAGUCCGCAGUGAAAUUUCCUCAAAGAAGUGUGGGCAACAAUGUAUAUGGAAAUAUAAAUAAUAUUGGAAUAGCAUUUGGGAAUACCAAUGAGAGAAUUAGAUAUACAGGUUUUAGAAAAACUGAGAAUGUCAUGGCAGCUAUAGUUGGUGCUAUUAAGAAUAUAAAAUCAAAAUCUAAUCAAAUGUAAGUAUGCGUAGUAUAAGUAGUAGUUUAUAUUAUAAGAAUAAUUAAAUUUUAAUUAAUCAUUUAC